UUCCUGGACAAACAGGCCAGGAUGAUGGAAGAAAUGAAGGAGCAACUGCCACCCCUGUUGAACCUGCUGGCAGAGGGAGCAGGGCAAGGCCUUCAGAUGGGCAGACAGAGCAUCAGGGAGUGCGGAAAUGGGGGGCCUCGUGAAAGAAAGGGUCAGCCUAUCUGCAAGUGCUUCGGAUGUGGUGUGCUGGAGUGCCCUUUGCGAGACGCUCACCGGCAAAACUUUUGAGGAAGAGAAAGUGGGCCGAGAGGAAGAGGAAAGGGACCGAGAGGAAGAGGAAAGGGGCCGAGAAGAAGAGGAAAGGGACCGAGAGGAAAAGGAAAGAGGCCGAGAGGAAAAGGAAAGAGGCCGAGAGGAAAAGAAAAGAGGCCGAGAGGAAAAGGAAAGAGGCCGAGAGGAAAAGGAAAAGGUCCGAGAAAAGACAUCCCGGGAGAUCCUGGCUGUUCUGAGCCAACUGCCUGAGAAGCACGAAGCUCUCCUGAGCCACAUCACUCAGCUGGAGGCCCAAUUGAAGUACCCAGCAGGACCUGCAGCUUUUGAAAUGUCUCCCGAGCUGAAGUUGCUGCUGGAACGGAUGGAGAUAUUGCAAACUCAGAGCCAGCAGGGAAAGGAAUCUCUGCAAGAGACCCUGGAGCAGAUGGAGAAGCUGAGGGAACAGUAUGAAAAACUGCAGCAGGGGGUGGAGAAGUUAGCCAGGAGCAGCACGGAGAUGCAGAUCAUACGCAACAUGUUGCAUCAGUUGGAUGUCAAGAAAGCUGAUAAGGACUCAAUCCAAGAGGAGAUGAAUGUGAAAGCUGACAAGAGUGCGCUGGAGGCAAUGGUGAACCAUGGGCAGCUGCAGGUGGCCACCAGCCAACUCAGCGAGAUGAUGCAGGAUCUGUUGCAAAAGAUGUCUCUGCAGGACAAGGAUUGGCAGAAGGCGCUCGAGAAGCUCUUCGUGGACAUGGACUGCAAGCUGGACCGCUUGGCCCUGGAUCCCGUGAGCCGGCAGCUGGAGGAGGUGUGGAAGUUCAUCAAGAAGUACCUGAGUGAGGGGCCUCGCUUUGAUGCUGACAGCGCGGCUGGCUUCAAAAAGCAGCUCUUUGAGAGAGUGAAAUGCAUCUCCUGCGACAGGCCAGUGACCAUGAUGACUGGGCCGCACAUGAUCACUGUCCGGAAAGCCACACUGAAGCCUCGUCCAGUCAGUGCCAGUGGCUACGAAUACCUGUUCCACCAGCAGAAAAGGGAUCAGGAUCCGAGCGAACUGAGUGGCAACCCCCCUUUGCAGACCUGCUGGCAAUGCCAAGCCCAACAGCAAGCCUCCGCCCUCAAGCACCUAUCCCGGGCCCAGGACUUCGCCACCCUCUACCCCUAUGGGGACCCUAAUGCCAUCACCUACGACAACACUGAGGUAGACAUUCUGGGAGUGAACGGGGUCCUCUACAAAGGCCGAGUGAGCUCACAUGCGGCAGAGCGGACAUUUGCCCUGCAGAAGGAAUUUGCAGCUCUGAAGAUUCCCCGGCCUCCGAUGGGGGUGCGAAUGGAGAGAGUUCGCUCUGCCUUUGCAGACAUCAGUGCAGUGCCCUACCCCUCCUCCGUCCUCCGUCGAGUGGGGUCUGCAAUAGCCAACAGCAAUCAGCGACCGCAGGAGCUUAGCUGUGACCCUGUGGACAGAACAGCUAUUGGCGCGACCCUCGGCGAAAGCCACGUUCAGAACGAACGGGAAGUUCCAGGCCUGGGUAGCCGUAGCUUUUAGCAGACUCCUUCCCUGAAGAUUUUGGUCAUCCCUGUCAGACUGCUGAUACCGUAACGGAAGAAGCUGCUUCCUACCCAUCUGAAACAGAAGCCACAGACUUGCCUGGCUUUCCAAGGGGAACAGUUGUGUCCACAACUACCAUCAUGCCUGACUCAUGUCAGAUGUGCAGCAGAUCAUGGGCUAAGAUUGGUGCUUCUCUCUGUGGUGAACCAGGAUUCCCGAACAAAACAUUCAUUAUGAUGACAGUGAACACAAGUAUUCUAGGGGCCAAGAUCUACCAGAGAUUACAGUUUGGACCUUGGCAUCUUCAGAAACCUGACCAAUGUGCUUCUUCCCUCUCUAUAUGGGAUUUCGGAGAUAUUCCUGAUACUGUCUCUCUCUCAGCCAUGGCACAGGAAAGCAUUCAUCUAGUGAGAAAAUGAUUCUAUAAAUAUUCUUUUUCUACA